UAAUAAAGACAAAGACCUGCAGUUUGUGAAGGAUUAUCAGCCUCACAACAAAGGAGUCCAACGUCUCAGAGUUCUGCUUCAUGGACCUGUUGGUGCUGGCAAGUCCAGCUUCAUCAACUCUGUCGAAAGUGUUUUGCAAGGAAGAAUUACUGGUCGAGCUUUGGCAGAUGCAACCUCUGAAGAGACCUUCACCGCAAAACACAUAACUUACAAAUUCCAAAAAGGAGAACCAGGGACCUUUUACCCUUUUUCCAUCACUGACCUCAUGGGCCUUGAGCAGGGAACUGGUAGAGGAGUUUCUGUGGAAGACAUCAAACUGGCCAUGGAGGGGCACAUAAAAGAUGGUUACAAUUUCGAUCCUCGCUCUACAAUAUCAGAGGAUAAUCAACACUACAACCAGAACCCCAAUCUACAGGACCAAGUUCAUGUUCUGGUUUGUGUCAUCGAUGCCAGUAAAUUAAAUGUACUAAGUGUUGAAUCUCUGGGAAAGAUGAGGGAAGUCCGACUUGCAGCUGCAGCCAUGGGGAUUCCCCAACUGGCGAUCCUCACCAAAAUUGAUGAAGCCUGUCCAGAGGUCAAAAACAAUAUAAAGAAUGUGAAUAAGAGCAAGAGCCUGAAGGAACGGAUAGACAGCUUGAGUGUUCGGCUGGGCCUUACACAGAACUGCAUCUUUCCUGUGAAGAACUACCACUCAGAGAUGGAAACAGAGGAUGAGAUUGAUACCCUGAUACUGAUUGCACUGAAACAGAUAAUUCACUCUGGAGAAGACUAUGUCAACCACCUGUAGACCUACAAAUCGCUGUGGCAAAUCUUGCUCUAUCUCAGCGUGAAAAAAGUCAGUUUGUGAACAGGAAUGUAAUUACAUAAAAUGGGAAAUACGGUUUUUGGUUUUUAUUUUAAAGCACAUAAUGCGUAUAGUAUCUGCACUAAAUUACCUUACCUCUACCUGGUUGAAUAAAGCAAAGUGAUAGAUGUUUAUCCAAUGGUCUUAUAUUGCCAUGACUUACUGUAUGUACUGUAUCAUUAAAUUAAUUGAGAGGUACAAUUCAAUUUUUGUUUCUGUCCUGAUACUUCUU